AUGGCACCUUGUAGAGCUGCUAGUAGGAGUGUUGGAGAGUUGUUUGGGAGGGCAUCGACUUCUGUGGAUGCCCCCACUGAAGGAGGGACCGGAAGGGUGGACAAAGAUGAAGCUAUGAUGGAGCUAGUUCGAGAAGUGGUAGGGAUGGUGCGUGACCAGAGACAGCAACAAGCAGCAGCACCAUCCCCACCAUCGGCACCUACUCCUGCUCCGCCAUCUCCUCAAGAGCCUAAGGAGAAAACUAUUAUGGAAUUCAAAAGAUCUGGUCCACUACCGUUUGAGGGCACUACCAAUCUUGAUGACGUAAAAGUUUGGGUAGAAGAAAUGGAGAAAGCUUUUGCAGUGAUGAAGUGCAAUGAAGAAGAAAAACUUAGGUUCGGAGUGUACAUGCUCAAGGGCCAGGCAAACCACUGGUACAGAGGAGAACUUUGCAUUCGUCAGGGAAAGGAGUUCGAAUCUUGGAAGCAACUGAGGGAAGCCCUUUUCUGUAAAUACUUCACUAGAGAUAAGAUGGUGCAGUUUGAGAGGAAGUUCAUUAACUUGACUCAGGGAAAUAUGACUGUUGAUGAGUAUAAGAUGGAGUUUGACAGACUUUCUAGGUAUGCUCCUAAGUUGGUUGAUGAUGAUCAGAGCAGGGCCCAGCGCUUUGAGGGAGGCUUACAAGCACACAUCCGGAGUGGUUUAGCCGCUUUACACCUAACCAGUUAUGCAGAGGUUGUAGGGCGCGCUAAGUCAUUGGACACAGUUUGGGGUGACACUAGAGAUCAAAACAGAAGAUUUCAGAAGAAGAGAGAAAGAAGUUUUGACAACCAGGGAAAUCAUAAGUCUGGGAAUGGAGGAAGGUCUAGGUCUGAUGCAGGUCAGAGUAAGUCUCAAACAGUGGGUGAGUCUCCAGCUCAGAGAUCUCGAGGAUUGCCACCUGCUUUUUCUUGUUCUGACCAGAAGAAAUGCUCUACUUGUGGAGGUGCGCAUGACCCUAAGGAUUGUAGGCGUGCUACAGGGGCAUGUUACAGGUGUGGCAGUCUGGAGCACCAUAUUGCUAAGUGUCCACAGAUGCAGUCUUCUAGAGCACAAAGAUCCUCUACUGUUCAAAAUUCUAGACAUGUACCAGCACCUAAAUCUCAGGGUUCUGUGGGUCAGCAUUCAGGAAAGGAGGUAAUCAGUGAACAACCGUCAUCCUCAACUCAGCAAAAGGCAGGUAGGCCGAAGACACAAGGACGUGUUUAUGCGUUAACUCAGGAGGAUGCACAUGCCUCAAAUGCAGUGGUGUCAGGUAUAUUAUCAUAUGAUUUGUGUGUUGCCACCCCUUUGGGAGAUGAUAUUGUUCUUAGUAGAGCAUGUGAGGACUGUCCCAUUAUUGUUUUCGGUCAUGAGUUGCUAGCUCGUCUUCAUGUUAUGGGUAUGACUGACUAUGAUGUUAUUUUGGGAAUGGAUUUUUUGUCUAAAUUCCAUGCCAUAGUUGAUUGCUAUGCAAAAAGGGUAGUGCUUAAAAUCCCUGGUGAAGCUGAGUUCACCUUUGAAGGAAAUGAGUUUGUGUCACUGCCUCAUGUGAUUUCCGCUUUACAAGCUCGGAAAUUACUCUUGGGUGGGUGCUAA